AUGUAAUAAACUAAUCUGAAAAUUUGUGAUAAAAUUUCAUAAUUGGUAAACAGACCAAAAAGAAGCGAAUAGGUUAACAAAAUCUGCAGACCUGUGAAAGUCUUGAGCAACCACUUCCCAUUUGAAUUCAAAGACAAAUCAGCUGGUUUAAACAUUUAUGCUGUCAGCUUCUCAGAAGAUGUUCCUUAAGAUAGCAGAGAAGUCAUUAGUCAACUUAUCAAUCUCUCUAAAGAGUAAUUUAAAAAAGCAGGCCUUGAAAGAUUCUCUAUUAGAGGUCUGAAUAUUUGGAGUCCUUAAUACGUCAAAGAAAGAAUCAUUAGUGAAGUAACUCUAGAUGGAAAAAAACAUUGUGUUUAUUUGAAUUUCACAAAGGCAAUCGAUUUCUAAUAUCUUGAAGGGGAUAACCAAGAUCCUGCUUUAAUGUAACCACUUCAACAAGCUGUGAAUGUCUAGGUUAAAAAGGCUCUCAAAGACAUGGGAUUAAGAGAACUCAAUAGGUUAUCCUAAUUUUUCGAUCCAAAAUCAAUUGAUGCUAAUCCAGUUAAGGGCUUCCCACUCAAAGUAUGGCUAGGAUAUAAGACCUCUUUGAAAUUAACUUCGACUAAACCUCAAUUGCUAAUUGAUUAUGCUUCAAGAGUCUUGAGUACCUAAUCAGCAUUGAAUUUCAUCAGAUCUUUCAAUUAGAAUAUUGGAUAAAUAAAGGAUGAGCUUGAAGGAAAAUCAGUGUUAGCUACCUAUGGUAAUUACAGACUAUACAAAAUUUCUGCCGUUGAUUUUAAGAAAACACCAAAGUCAAGUUUUCAAUUGGAAGAUGGAAAAUAAAUCACUUAUGCUCAAUAUUAUUAGGAUAGAUAUAAGAUCAAAAUUCAGGACAUGAAUUAACCUCUUUUAGAGAGUUUAGAUAGAAGAAAUCCAGAUAAAAAAUUUUACUUGAUUCCAGAGUUAGUUUAUAUGACUGGUUUAACAGAUGAUCAAAGAUCAGAUUUUGGAUUAAUGAAGGAAUUGGCCUAUUAUACAAAAAAAGAACCUGGAGAAAGGUUAUAAAUUAUCCAAUCCUUAUUGUCUAAAUUACAAAAGCAAUUGAAUGCCCAAUAAAUGACUUUAAAAUCUGACUCUUCCACUCAUGCUUAUAUUGUUCAAUAACCAUAAUUAACGUUUGGUAAUGGGAGAAGAUUAGAUGCAGAUCCAACAGGAUUUUUCAUUUUGAAAGACCCAGUUUUUCAAAGUGCCUAUAUUAAAGAUUGGGUUUUAAUUUAUUAAUCCAGAGGAAGGUAAGACGAUGAACUUGCAGAUGAUCUAGUUGCAGAUCUUAAUUAACAAGGAGGUAGAUUGGGAAUCAAAUUCGACAAACCAUUCUUUAUAAAUAUGAAAGGCAAUAAACCUUAAGAAUGGAUUAAAGAAUUGUAAGCUGAAUUUAAAAAUGGUCUCCCAUCACUUGUGGUCUCACUUACAGAUAAAAACAGAGAUACAUCCCUUUACAUAGGCUUAAAAGACUUCUUACUCUCAUAAGGCGGUGCUGGAGUUAUCCAUUAAAAUGUUACAACUAAGUCUUGUAAAAAUAAAAAUAAACAAAGUAUUGCAUCAAAAAUUGCAUAAUAAAUAAGUGUAAAAUUAGGAAAUCCACUUUGGGUUAUUCCUAAAGUCAAAGGAAUUUCAGAAAAAAUCAUGAUUAUUGGAAUGGAUAUUUACCAUAAGUUAGUUACUGGAAAAUAAUCUUGCAUGGGAUUUGUUGCUCAUUUUGAUUUAGAAUGCAAAACAAGUUUUUCAAAAACAAUUAUUAUGAAAUCUGGAUAAGAAUUCAAUUAAGCCGUAGGAUAAACAUUUAAAGAGGCUUUAUAGGCAUACUUUUUACAUUAUGGUAAAAAACAAUUACCAGAUACUAUUUUGGUUUACAGAGAUGGAGUCGGAGAUUCAUAAAUCCAAACUUUAAUGUAGACAGAAUUAGAAUAAAUUAAAAAGGUCAUUUCCACCUACACAGCUGGUUACAAUCCUCAAUUUGCCUAUAUUACUAUCAAUAAAAAGAUUUCCGAUAGAUUCUUUAUGACAAGAAAAAAUAAUAAAAGUCCAUAUAUUAAUCCAGUCUCUGGAUUAGUUGUUGCUGAUAGAGUAACAUCCAAAUACUUUGACUUUUUCUUAGCUGCUUAAUAUGUGACUUAAGGAACAUGUACUCCAACACAUUAUUAAGUUUUGGAUAAUAAUACUUAAUUCACAGAAGAGAUGUUUUGGUAGAUUACAUACUACUAAUGUUUCAAUUAUUGGAAUUGGACAGGAGCAGUCAAGGUCCCUGCAUGUGUCCAAUAUGCCCACAAAUUAGCUUUCUUAGUUGGAGAUACCUUCUAAAAAGCUGUUCAUUAAAACCUCUAAAAACAACAUUUCUAUUUAUGA